AAUCGUGAUAUCGAUUGUCAUUUCGUCAUCAAAAAAGCUUCUUUCCGUUGCCUCCGGUAUUUUUUAGCGUAUUGCUUAUCUAUUUAUUUUUACAAUUUUCCAUUUUCCUUUAUCAAGGAAACAUUCAAAAUCAUGAGCGCCUCAAAACCUGAGCCAAAAGUGUUGAAGAAACAGAUCCAAUCGAAGAUCGACACCGGUGUGUCGAAAAAGCCCUCAACCCUAACGUUGAUCAAGUCCCGUCAGCCAAGUACCAUAUCUCGGGCCUCCAGCAGGCAGAGUAAUUCCAACGCGACGGCCAAGAAACCUCCGAACGCUUCCUCGAGCAGCAGACCUCCGCGUCCGAACACCAGCUUUAUGUCGACGCGCAUUUCGCAUUCCUCCAAGCUGAACCUGGCCAUCAACGAUCGAGUACAGCAAGGAGUUCACAGGUUGGGCAAACUGCCACCCUAUCUUCGGAACAGUCAGCGUCCGGCCACGGCGACCAGCAAGCUAAGACCCACGGAAUCGGAAACUAAGAGAAAGCAACAGGAAGUGGCAAAAGACGACAGUGAGGUGGCCAAACGGGUCCUAGAGCUCCACAGUGCACGGUACCAAAAGUUCCAAAACGAAUUGCCAGCCAAGUACGGACAGUACGCCAUGCACAAAAACAUGCUGGACGGUCUGGAGAAGAAUUGUGAAGAAAAACCAAAAAUAGCCGGAGAGGAACCAAACGUGUCGUCGGCGACCCGAACAACAGACUUGGAGCAAGCGGUUGCCAAAAUAUGUGCCGAAACGGACCAAACCGAACUGGGAGUGCGGGAAGGAUGUCCACCGUGCGAAGGACAUCGAUCAAGAGACACGGCAGCCAUCCAAGGAACUCUCGGGGCUGGGAAGCACAUGGAGCUGGAAGAGUUGUUCGAAAAGAUGAAACAGCUUCAGGAGAAGUGCGAGCAGCACGAAGUAGACUGCAGGAUGAAGCAGGAGCGGAUCGUUGCAUUGGAAUGCGAGCUUGUCGGGAAGUGCGAGACCAUUGAGAAGUUACAAAACCACAUGGACAACGCCAAAUUGAUUUCGAAGUCGCGUGAAUCGAUCGCUCAGGAUAACGUUAAAGAACUGGAGUCGAAACUUGCGGAAGUGCGAGCGGAACUUGUCCAGAAAUGUAAUGAUCUCACGCGAAGCGAGAAUAAGAUUUUCGUGCUAAAUUCACGCAUUGUCGAGCUUCAGCAAAAACUAACUGGGCUGAGCGACGAUAAUGAAGAGAAAGACAAGAGAAUAUUUGAGCUCACCGAAAAGGAAGUGGAGUUGGAUGCGCUUAAUCAUCGCUGCGAAGAAUUGACCCAACAAAUUAUAAUGAUGAAGGAAGAAGCCACGGCCAAAGUUUCCCUACAAGUCGACACUCCGAUAGAGGAUCCCAUCAAGGACGCAUUGCUCGCAGAGCUGGAAACAAAACGUACGGAAGUGGUCUCGCUGCGGCAGGAAAACGAAAAAUUACGCUACGAGAACAGCAAGAUUACCAACGACAAGAAGCAGCAGGACGUGCUAUUCGAGAUUCGACAAAAGCUACUGGACAAUAUUCAGAGGAGUAAGGAAGCGUUCAAGGUACGGUGCGAGGAAUUCACGAGCUACGAAGGAGAUGCAGAGGUUGAUAAGGAACAUGAACGAACGCGGGACAUUCUGUUUCAAACUUUGGCCGAGAAGCAACGUCGAUGCUGCCGAGAGGAGCAAAUUAUCAGUGAAAUCGAUCAGAACACUCGCAAGUGCAAGGCGGUGCGCAACAGUCUACUGCAUAUGGUGAAACGGUUCAAGAACGAGAACCGACAGAUGCGUGAGAUAAUCAGGUUGAAAUGUGGACCUAAUGUAUCGAUGGAGCCAUUCGAAGAACCCACCAAGGAGGGCAGCCAACUGAAAAAGGAAGUGGUCGAUCGCAUGUUACGGUUGUUUCCGGAGGAAUCGUUACGUGAGUUUGUUGAAGAAGCCCGUCUGGACGAAGAGGAGAAAGUUACCAAAAGAAUUAUCUACGACGAGCAAAUUUUGAGUAAGAACGAGACGGAAAAGAAAUCUCAAUCCUGUUAGAUUUUAUACGUGGUAUUUAUUUUUAUAAAUGUAAUAUACAACA